AGUCUGCGCCCUGUCCGACGUUUACCGCGGGGCGUAUCUGUCCCACUCGUUUCUUUAAAUGCGAUACAAAACGCAUGUCGUGGGCCAAUUUCAUUCGCGGCUUGGGUUGCGGCAGCUGGCGCCGAUGCCAUCUCUACAGGACCAUCAGCUGAGCAGGAUUCGUAGCUGCCAAUCCCCGAGAUGACACAGAGGCAAGUAUUAGCUACUGGCGACGACGACGACGACGACGAUGGACGUCUGCGCACCUACGACGACGCCGCCGCCUACAGCACGGCCUUGUGGCCCAUGGCGCCGACGACGGCAUACGCGCCGGCGUUCGAGUGGCCACACGCCGCCCGCGACCCCAUGUACGCCGGCGCCUACCACGACUACGAUGCGCGCGGCGCCUACGACUACAACUAUAUGCCGCCGAUGCCGCCCGGCUACCUCCCGUACGCACCAGCGUAUGUACCGCCGUAUCCGGCCAUGUACCCGCCGCCGACCCAUCUCCACAACACGACCAUGUACACGGCCGACGACGCUUGCUACUUUCCAGCGCCAUCGUCGAUGCUGCCCGACGAUGCCAGUGUCGACAGUACCGGCAGUGGCCACGACGCGCGCCGCCCGUCGCCCGAGUGCCGAGACGAGGAGAGGGACGCGCCGCCGUCGUCGUUUGCGGCCAAAGAGAAGCUCGGCAUGUGUCUCGAACCCAGCUGCAGUCGGUACUUAAGCUACAAAGGGCUCUGCAAGGAGCACGGGUACCGGCGCAUGUGCAUCACGCCGCUCUGCACCAAGACAAUCCAGGGCAAGAACAAGUGCAUUGCGCACGGCGGCGGCAAGCCGUGCAAGACCAUCGGGUGCCCGCGCACCGCGCAGAGCCAAGGCCUCUGCAAGACGCACGGCGGUGGCAGUCGGUGUACGAUACCAGAUUGCAGCAAGAGCGCGCAGAGCAAGGGUCUCUGUCGACGACACGGCGGCGGCAGCCAAUGCACAAUCGACGGCUGCACGACCAUGGUCCAGCGCAACGGCAAGUGCGCCAAACACAACGGGACGCAGAAGUGCAAUGUCGCCGAAUGCACCAAGACGGCGCGCGGCGGUGGCGAGUGCGUCGUGCACCGCAAGCCGCGGCUGUGCACGUACCCGCGCUGCAAGCAGUUGGCGCUCACACGGGGCGUGACGAGUCAAUUGUGUGCCGACCACACACACACCAUCCAGCACAGUACUAGUAUCGACGCGCGGCCAGCGCACUACAUCUAACGUGAUACAAAGAACCAUGCUAUAGCACCCAAAUUGAUUGAAUGCUAUCGUU